GGCCGCAGGCCGCGGCGUUCUUGUUUCGUGAUCCAUCGGAACCUUCGGGCAAUGCGCGCCAGAGUAGUAGCCGAUUACGAAGAGGCCCCGUGCGCAGAAACCCGAGGCGUCGUGGACAGGCAGCGCGACGGCCGAUGCCAUGACCUCCUGCUCUGAUAUGCCCACGUGGUUGCAGAAACCAAUGGCAGCACAUGCGACGAGCAUGUCGCAGGAGGCGCGUAACACCGUCGAUCGGCAAGAAAGGGCAUGCUGGGGCGAAUUAGGUUGAAGCCAAUGGUUGAAUAAACAUUGCCGGCGCUACUUGCUGCGAACGCCAUUUCCCAACGAGCGCCAAGAUGCCCAAGUACACGGCCACCAACAUCACCGACGAGGUGGACAUCCGCGUGACGGACCGCAACGCCAAGUUUGAGCCCACGACGCUCUGCAAGAUGUUCCAGGCGACGGCGGCCAAGUACGCGUCGCAGCCGGCCCUGCACUACAAGCAGAAUGGCGAGUGGGCGUCGUACACGUGGCAGGAGUACGAGGCCAAGGCCAUGGCCUUUGCCAAGGCGCUCGUCUCGUUGGGCUUUGACCGCUUCGACACGGUCUCGAUCUCGGGCUUCAACUCAACCGAGUGGUUCGCGGCGUACAUGGGCUGCAUCAUGGCUGGCGGCGCCGCCACGGGCGUUUACACGACCAACGGCCCGCAGGCGUGCCAGUAUGUCUGCAACAACUCGCUCGCGCGCGUCGUUGUCUGCGAUGGCGUCAAGCAGCUCGAAAAGUUCAUGUCGAUCGCGGACCAGCUGCCGUCGCUCAAGGCGCUUGUCGUGUACAAUGCGCAGCUCCCGGCCGACGUCGAGUGCUGCGUGCCCAUCUACGAUUUUGACGCGUUCCUCGGCCUUGGUUCGGACAUUUCGACGGCGACGAUCCAAGAACGCAUUGACAUCCAGCGCCCGGGCAACUGCGCGUCGCUCAUCUACACGUCGGGCACGACGGGCAACCCGAAGGCGUCAUGCUCUCGCACGACAACUUGA